AUGAUUCAACGCAAUUUCAUGAUUGAUAAAGAUGCACGUAGACGACAAAUUGACACACUAAAAAUCUUCAAUGACAAUGUGCAGGAAGUGAUUGAAAAUGAGGAGUAUACUGUGGGCUUUGAUUCUGGAGGACGUCCAUUUAUUCUCACGGUGUUUUUAUACCCAUCCUUCCCUAAUGAGAAACCCAAGAUUGUUAUCACACCAUCAGUGGAGCAUCCCUGGAUCUUUGGACCCACUGGAGAGGUCAAUAGUGCACCCGGAUUGCUGAAUUUUGCAGCUCAUUCAGAUCUAGGACGCAUUGUCAGGGCUAUUAUAUCUGAAUUGGAAAAAUUUCCUCCAAAGAUCUUUGGUGGAGGAGAAGAGGCACCUCAGGUGGAUGUCAAUCAUCCUCCUCCGGCUGAAGGGUUGAUUCCUGAGCUGAGAAGUCUCACUAUCGACGAAUUGAAAGAACUCGAUAAUGACCCAGAAUUUUUGGAUGACUUUGUCGAAGAGUUGGAUGUUGUGAAGAAGUUGCGAAAUGAUAUGGAUGUUCUACUUCAGGAAAUUGAAGCGAUUGCAAAGGAUAACAUGUCCCAUGAGGAGAAACUCACUUCCCUGACGGAGGAAGUUACCAGAAAACUUUCUGAAUUCCGAAGUCUAGGAGACACGUACGAAUCCCUCUGUGUGCUGCAAAGGAAGAAAGCUGAAGAAUUCUCUCCACAGCAUAUAAAGGAACUCCUCCAAAUAGCUGCAUCAAUUUCGGAUUCUGAGUGUGAGGCGUGCGCUGAGGAAUUUCUCGCGGGGAAAAUUGAUGUGCAAUCCUUUCUAAACACGUACAUGGCAGCUAAAAAAUUGAGUACGAUGCGAAAAGCCAAGGAAGAACGUUUAACAUCGCAGCUGAAUUCUCUCGAGAAGCAUUCCCUGAUGUAGAAAAAAGUUCAUUUUUUUUCACCCCAAUCAAUAAAAGUGAUAAGAAAAUUAA